AUGGAGUCUUCUUCUGACAAUAGCUUUGCUUGGACGGAUACUUCAACUGACAGUGUAAACAGUACUUCAAUGGCGACUAAUGCGUUCAAUGUGAACGACUCAUGUAAAUCCGAUAGACGAGUUAAGAAAAAAAAAGAAAAUUUAUCCAGGAUAAAUGAAUCUAUUGAUUUAAAAGCUGAGACGGAUAUAAAACAGGAAGCUAAUUUCAGUAGUAUUAAGAAUUGUAUUAAGGUAGAGCCAGAUAGUGUGGACGGUUUUAAAAAGAAAAAGAGAAACAAACAUUUAGAAUGCAAUGGCACCAAGAUUGAGUCACAAGACUCUGCAUCAUAUGACGAGACAUAUCUCAACAUGAAGGUCAAAUUAGAAGAGACUUCAGUUGUGUCUUCUCAGAAACAUAAACAGAAGAAACGAAAACACAGUUCAAGUGUAGAUUCAAAUUCAACAACUUCCAACUGUGAAGUAAAUCAUGAGCAUACUUUGAAUCAAGAAAGUGAAGUUGACACUACACCGCCGAAAUCAAAGAAAAUCAAGAAACUUAAAAAAGAAGACAGCAGCAAUAAUCACGAUGAAAUGUAUUCACCAGACCUAAAUCUUAGUCUACAGGAUGAAACAUUUAGCAAUAAUGAAAGUAACUAUAACAACUGUUCUGUUAUUGAGAAUAAUACACUACAGGACGGUAGUGAUGAAGAAAGUAAUGAUGAAAUAUCUGCAAUUAAAUGUGAUGAUAGCCAUGUCAUCCACGCUAUAUCAUUCAUCGACAAGGGUUUAGAAAAAUCUAAAUCACAAACUAAAAGAAUAUCUGAUAGAAUACGCUUUGAGGAUGAUAAUGAUUCUACACUUAAUGAAUCAAGUCCGGAAGAAGAUGAACAUUCCUCUGAAUAUAGUAAAAAGCCAUUAAUAUUGAAGAAGGUGUUGAAAAACAACCCUAAUUUAAAACAAGUUCUUCAGUCAUUUAAACAAAAUACUCAAUGCAUCAACCAAAAUGAUGAAAUAUGGAUUCUUAAGUGUCCUAGAGAAAUUAACAUUUCAGAUUUUACUAAUACUACUUUAAAUAUUCAUGGAAAAUGCAAGGUAAAGUUGGCUGGCCAAACUUACGAAGGCACUGUCGAAGAAGAACAAUCAGAUGCAUUGUCACUCCUGGCUCUAGAUCAUAACAAACUUAAAAUUAAGACUAUAUCACCCAAUGGGGCUAUUACCUUACGUAAGAGGAUCCCAAAGGCACAUUUCCGUGAUGAUAAUAUAAUGGUAAACAAUCAAAUUAACUUCAUACCACUGCCAGAAACUAAAUGUCGUCAUCCUCUAUUUGGGUCUGAUUAUAAAAAGUCUUUAAAAAUACCGGCAGCUAUAUCAGAACGUCUAAAUACGCAAGCCAAUGAAGAAAUUGUAAAAACGGAAAAGAGAAAGAAAAAAAAAGACAAUAAAAAUGACAAUAAAGCUUCACAGAUUGAUUUGCAAGAACUAAGUGUCUUUGAGAUGAAAUCAGAACCUGGUUUGCCUGCAGAAGUAAGAGAAAAGAAAAAAAAGAAACGCAAACUUCUUGAUGAUGAAGGUCCUGCAAAAAAGAAAGCAAAGCGUGUCAAAACUGAUCCCGAGUCAGCAGAAGCAUGGGAAUCAGAGAAAGCUAUAGAAGAAAAUUUAUUUAACUUUUGA